GUUUUUCGAGUCCGACUCGGACCCUUGAGCUUCUCCCUCGCGAAUGAGCAAUUUCAGUUGAACGGACUUAGCCCCGGAGGACUUCUCGACUUCCUUUCAUCCACUCUCACUCUCUUUUAUACUCGAGCCACCCAAGCACCCCAUGUCCAUGUCCGCGGAUACAGACAUGGCCCCAGAAGUCGAGAUCAUCGACCUCACUGGCGAACCCAGCGAACCCGACCCCGACGAAGGACUCGUGGAGGACGAUGACCCGGAGGAAGAAGGCGACGACCGCACCCGUCCUGUGGCUUUCCCGCUCCCCGAUGGCGUAAACUAUCGCGCCCAGCUGCGCGCGGCAAUCCAAUCCACCCCCGAACAUCGCCUGCGCCAGACGCUGGUACGACUUAUCGACUCUGACGCCGCAGUCUACAGCGCUUUGGCGAGGGAACUGCUUGUCGUCGGAACCAGAGCGCCUGAGCCCCCUGCAAGCACCGUCCGCGUCCUGCCGCGUUGGGAGACGUGCGAGAACUGCGGGGAGUCGUAUGACGUGAACAGCGCCGCGCAGGACGCGUGUGUGUUCCACCCCGGCGAAAUGGAAGCCGUCGAGGAGCGCUUCCCAGACUGGGACGAACAAUGUCAUGGACCCAUGGACACGCAGGAGAACCAACAGGAGUAUCCGGAGAACUUCGACUGGAGCUGUUGCGAGGCUGCUGGAGACGCCAACGGUUGCGUGAAGAGCAGACACACGCCAGCCGUGAGCAAAAACAAGAGACGCAGGCUUGUCUGAGAUCUGUACCGGAUGACCCCGCUCUUGGUGGCUGUCUCUUGCCUAUUUCAAACGGCUUUGCCUGUUCCUGCGCGAGUCCCGCUCUGAUCAGAUUGCGGCUCGUCGACCGUCCAUAUUCACACUUUCUUGACUGUAGCCUCGCUGGUCACCAUCUCCUGACUGUAUUGCCAUUGUACCCUGUCGUAGCGAUGCUCUCACUCACCGCUGCUCAUCACAUUCCUCGAACUGUCCAUCAUCCUCCGUCGACCAUGUAAUCGCGCUCCCUUACAAACCCCUCUUCGCAAGUUUUUGACCGAAACGACGAAGCUCAGCUCCAACGGAUCAUCACUAAGCGAUCUAAUCUACGCUCUAGGCCCAUGAAGGGCCAAGCCAAACGACAGCCCAAGGAUGGUCAUUCUUCAGAAGUGAGUUUUGGUGAAUUGCCUGUGGUAUGAAGUGGCUCCCCCGAACUUAGUGACGGGCGGAUUCCAUCUCUGUUGGUCGCAUGCACCCUGUGCUUCGGAUGUCAUGUAUAUCAAUGUUUUCAUCUGAACACUUUCGUCCAUCUUUACUCGAGAGCCUAAACGUCGGUCAAGCCUUACAUCACAGAGCGGGAAGCCAACCAAACGAUUGUAGUAUCUCAGAUGCUCCACAAAGUCUAGGAUUAUAAGACCUUGUGUGCAGAGGACAAGAACAUAUUCUCUCAUCUCUUCCUCUUCUUUCUUGAUGGCCCCUUUUGAACGUCAUACGGAGCGUUUGGUCGGACUGUUCUUCGGCUUGAUUCUCUAUGGUAUACUGACAACCACAUUCCUUCCCUCUCUCGCGUCCCUGCUUUUCAAGCAAGAAAAGAGGUUUGAGCUCCGACCUCGAAGGGACAUCAAAAUUCCGGUGCUCCUGGCCACUAUCAUUAUGUUCCUUGUCUCAACCUGUGUUGCGGUGUUCUCCGUACAAACUGUCAUCGAAGGAUUCGUUCGGUAUACCGGUCCCGGCGGGCCGCUGCAGUUCUUCAAGAACCUUUCUGGGUGGAAAAACUGGAUCAUAGCCCUGAGCGACGCGAUUCAGAUUUUCGUCGGGGACGCGCUUCUCGUGAGACGUGCUAUCCCAGAAAGGCGAUUGAUCCAACCUUGACAGAUUUAUCGAUGCUUUGUGUUGCAUGAUCGCAACUGGAAGAAGAUUACGGUUCCCCUCGUUAGUUACUUCAUGAUUCUUGUUGUCGGCCUAACCUCUGCAGGCCUUAUAAUUUCGCCCCCAGGACGGAACUUGAAUGAUCCGACAAUUGUCCCUUUGCUUUCGGUGGCCGUGGUAUCGACUUUCAUCACAAGUGUUUCCACAACGUUCUUGAUUAUCCGGCGACUCUACUCGGUCAAACCAGAAUUUAGCUCCGCGCCCACACAUUUCCUCACUCGAGUGGCCGCAAUUUUUUUGGAAACUGGACUGAUCUAUACACUCGCUCUGGUCGCAUCUCUGGCCGUGUAUCUGUCAAAAUGCCACUUCGAAUGGACGAUCUCUGUCUGUAUGACCCAUAUCAUUCCCAUUACAUGGAAUAUGUUGUUGAUCCGAGUGAACGGGGUACGAUCGCAUGCCAACCCGGAGAUCGCUGCAGACGAGCUCGACGAGAAAGCGUCUGUGGGAGACAACGGUUGGGAUCCGAUUUUUAUUCACGCACGCCCUCCCGCGCCGCGGGUAGGGUCAUGCGAUUCCGUUUGAUGCAAUCGUUGAUCGAUCAAAUCUGCCACUUCUAUCGUGGCCGGUUCUGGCGUCGGUUGCACACACGAGAGUCAAUCGAUGGUCACGAACUUUUUCAAAUAAAGAUAGUAGGAUAUUGUUAAGGCCACCAGACAUACAUGCAUUCUGGAGAUUUAUUGGCCACGUGGACGAAGACGCCGUAAAGAAGUUCAAUGCCUGGGCCGUAGAAAUUGAGCAUAGAAAUAGAUUGCUGUGUUGUAGUUGCAGGCAACUUUUCCAUCAAUUUACAUAAGUGGCGUCAGUCA